AUGAAGAGUUUCCUGCUGACUCCUAUCCAGUUUGUAUGUGGAAACAUCUUCCAUUUGGCUGAACUUGUCUCUGAAGGACUGGAUAUUGGAGGAAAGGCCAGAAAAUGGAAGAGAAAUUUCCAAAAGACUCAGAGGGUAGCUGCAGAAAAAUCGAAAGUUGCGUUCUUUCAUGUUGCCAUUCAUCUAUCAGGGAAAAGGCCCACCGAGUCUCCAACACCCCAUCUGCUGUGGUCCAACCAUGUACCUAACGAAUCUGAAGUUAGGGUUAUCAAAGACUUCAUCCACCAUUCAGAGGUCGAAAUGGAACACUACUUGGAACAGCUGAAGGUGAAGAAAACCUGGAGGAAACUUACGUUGUUCAGAUAUAACGAAACAAAGAAAUUUAUGUCCGAGCAUAAAGCCAUCAUCUCGCCGAUAAGGCGGCUGCCUCCUGAAAUGAUUUUGCAACUAAUCUUCAUACAUGCCAUCGAAGCGGAACCAGAAAGGAUGGCAUGGCACUGCAUGUCGAGCGUGCCAUACGGAAUUGCCCAGGUUUCGUCUGUCUGGAGAAAGAUUGCAUUGAAUACGCCUGAUCUCUGGACACGCAUACCUACUAUUCCGAUAGAGAGGCUUUUCACCACCAAACCCCAAUUUCUGGCCUUCCUAUCCGCAAUCAUAUCCAGGACCGGUGCUGCGCCACUGGAACUCUCCUUCUAUGGUCCUGAUUAUAUGGCGUCAGACGGCUCUCAUCCUGCUGUCAACAUGCUCAUCGAACAUUCCUCGAGAUGGAAAUCACUAACGAUUGAAAUUUCUUCCCUGGAGCUAUCAAUAUUUGACGCAAUCAAAGGCCGACUCCCAAUGUUAGAGACACUGGUCAUUCGAGGGUGGUACUUCAUAUCCCCGAUCUCGGCUUUUCCCAUUGACAUUUUUCAUGAUUCGCCACGUCUACGAGAAGUUUCACUAUUUCAUGUGAAAUCAAAAAUGUUAAACCUUCCUUUCCACCAGCUAGUCAGAUAUGAACAAGAAGAAGGUCAUCCAGAGCAACUCAACCUUUUGUUCAACUCUUCACAGCUCUCAACGUUCAAGACCCUGUCGUUACGUGCAGCCUAUGGAUUUCAUGUUUCAUUGCCAAGUCCCUUCGUCACCUUGACUUCUCUUACCACCUUGAUGUUACGUUCCCAAUCGUCGGAAACCCAUCAUUGGCACCUGUUAGACCAAUUGGUUCUUCCCGUACUUGAAGAAUUGUUGUUUGAUUCUGAACGUGUUCCAUCCAGUACCAAAAGGUAUCCGUCUGAACCAAUUUUUGCUCUCAUAACACGUGGACCACGACCGCGCCCGUUGAAAAAGCUUUACAUACGCUCCCUGUCCACCAGCAACUCCGGAGGCCUAAUUGCGUUGCUGCGGCAACUUCCAUUUCUAACCCACUUGACCACGGACAUGCAGCAUGCGAGCGACCUUCAAAGCAUUGCGCAUGCCGGAACGCAAAUUAUUCCCAAUCUUCGAAGCUGUUCUUUUUUCGCAGAUGAAUUAUUGUCUGAGCAAUGUUCUGAGCUGUGUCGCACUCUUGCUGCCAACCGAUGCGAGAAACAGCACACCGAGUUUGUCGAUAAUUCAAGCUACAGCAUUCCAGCUUUACACAUUCACUUCCCCGACGAUCAUAUCGCAUCCGAUCAACAGAAAAUUUUGCAACAAUGGUCGGACACCGCAUCAUCACUCAAACUAAGAGAGCUACGAAAAUCUAUCAUCGGCUGUCUCCCUGAAUUGACUUUAUAUUCCAGACGCAAACCCUCGUCUAGACUUCGAAGGCAAGCGUCUUUCCUCCUUUCGUCUGUCAGAGAAGUCAACAUUAACAACGCCAACGAAAUAUACGUAUCGGGAAUCCAUAAGACCCUUCAUCGAAUAUCUACCGUAUUUGCAGGAUCUUCAACCAGCGAUUCGCAUCUUAGUGAUUUGGCCAAACUCGCUCUAGAGCAAUGGGAAUCCAAAUUCAAUGCUUCACAUGAUGAUUUCCGGUGGUUGACCUUAUUUCCUAAAUCGUUGACUUAUAUUUCAAGCUUCAAUGAUAUUCGUGCGUCGACCAAGGCGGUGGAAAAGAUAAUAUUUGGAGAACUUGAGGGUAUAAUUAUCCCUCAGUCUGAUACGCCCUGGCCAUCACAUCGAUUUUCUUGA